GCGGAGGGGCGAGGUGGCGUGAUGAGGCGGAACGGGAGGCAGCCGCGGUGAAGGUGAGGGAGGAGGUUCAGGUGCCGGUCGUGUGCGCUUUCCUCUUCCCGGCAUCGCUGCGGCUGAUGAUGGAACGGGCGAUGGAGCAGCUGAACGUGCAGCUGAACCGACUGACCCGUUCCUUGAGGCGGGCACGGACUGUAGAGCUACCCGAAGAUAAUGAGACUGCAGUUUAUACGUUGAUGCCGAUGGUAAUGGCUGAUCAGCACAGGUCUGUUUCAGAGUUGCUGACAAAUUCCAAGUUUGACGUUAAUUACGCUUUUGGUCGUGUCAAGAGAAGCUUACUGCACAUUGCAGCAAACUGUGGCUCUGUUGAAUGCCUUAUUCUACUACUGAAGAAAGGAGCAAAUCCAAACUACCAGGAUAUUUCUGGGUGUACACCCCUUCACUUAGCAGCUAGGAAUGGGCAGAAAAAGUGCAUGGGCAAGCUGUUGGAGUAUAGUGCUGAUGUGAACAUCUGCAACAAUGAAGGGCUGACUGCGAUUCACUGGUUGGCUGUUAAUGGGCGUACUGAGCUUCUUCAUGACCUAGUUCAGCAUGUUACAAAUGUGGAUGUCGAAGAUGCAAUGGGUCAGACUGCUUUACAUGUGGCCUGUCAGAAUGGGCAUAAAACAACAGUACUUUGCCUUCUUGAUAGUGGUGCAGAUAUUAACCGGCCUAAUGUUUCUGGAGCUACCCCUUUGUAUUUUGCCUGCAGUCAUGGCCAAAGGGACACAGCACAGAUCCUAAUUUCAAGGGGAGCCAAGUAUUUACCUGACAAAAAUGGUGUUACUCCACUGGAUCUUUGUGUACAGGGAGGGUAUGGGGAGACAUGUCAAGUUUUAAUCCAGCAUCAUCCCAGACUGUUCCAAACGCUUAUUCAGAUGACUCAGAAUGAGGAUAUCAAGGAGAACAUGCUGCGUCAGGUUCUUGAGCACCUGUGUCCACAGAAUGAAAGUCAGUAUCAGAAGAUUUUGACCAGUCUUGCUGAAGUUGCUACAACAAAUGGUCACAAGUUGCUUAGUAUAUCAAGUAACUAUGAAGCUCAGAUGAAGAGUUUGUUGAAGAUAGUGCGAAUAUUUUGCCAUGUGUUUCGGCUAGGCCCAUCCUCUCCCAGUAAUGGAAAUGACAUGGCUUACAAUGGAAAUAAAACUCCGAGAAGCCAAGUUUUCAAGGUCAGAAAAAUAUAUGACGUUAUUAGGAAGAUUGAAGUAAAAGAGAUGAAUUUCACAAAGCAUGCAAACAUUAAUCAGACAACUCUUGAAAAAGAACCUUUGGAACUACUGUGGCACUCGCUGGAUGAGUGGUUGGUUCUUAUUGCCACAGAAUUGAAGAAGAGUAAAGAAGACUCUGAAAUGGAUGCCAAAAAUAUCACUUCCAUUUUAUUGAAACAAAGAGCUCAAGAGCAGCAGGAAGUUGUCACUACUCAGAUGUUUAAAACUGUGAGAAAAGAGACCUUGGAAGACCAACAUACAAGCUUGGAGCAGCUUGAAUAUGAUGACAGCACUACACAAGAUGCCAGUUCAGAUGGUCUAGAUGUAAUUUCUAUGACAGCAAACCGACUGAGUGCAGUCAUCCAGGCCUUUUAUAUGUGCUGUUCCUGUCAGAUGCCUCAGGGAAUGACAUCGCCUCGCUUUAUAGAAUUUGUGUGCAAGCAUGAUGAAGUUCUGAAAUGUUUUGUGACAAGAAACCCUAUAAUAAUAUUUGACCACUUUCACUUUCUUCUGGAGUGCCCCGAGCUGAUGUCAAGAUUUAUGCAUAUCAUCAAAGCACAGCCCUUCAAAGAUAGAUGUGAGUGGUUCUACGAACAUCUUCACGCUAAUCAUCCUGACUCUGAUAUGGUGCACAGGCCGGUUAAUGAAAAUGAUAUCUUACUUGUUCAUCGAGAUUCAAUUUUCCAAAGUAGCUGUGAGGUUGUCUCAAAAACAAGUUAUGAAAAAUUGAAACAAGGCGUUGCUGUACGUUUUCAUGGUGAAGAAGGCAUGGGCCAAGGUGUGGUACGUGAAUGGUUCGACAUCCUUUCCAGUGAGAUAAUCAACCCAGACUACGCACUCUUCACUCAGUCAGCUGAUGGAACCACCUUCCAGCCUAACAGUAAUUCCUCAGUAAACCCAGACCACCUGAAUUAUUUUCGGUUUGCAGGACAGAUUCUAGGUUUGGCACUUUAUCACCGACAACUGGUUAACAUCUACUUUACGCGUUCAUUUUACAAACAUAUACUCGGUAUCCCUGUAAACUACCAGGAUGUAGCCUCCAUUGACCCGGAGUAUGCUAAAAACCUCCAAUGGAUUCUGGACAAUGAUAUUAGUGACCUUGGUCUGGAACUUACUUUUUCUGUCGAGACUGAUGUAUUUGGUGCAAUGGAGGAGGUGCCUUUGAAACCUGGUGGGAUAAGUAUACUUGUUACACAGGAAAAUAAGGCUGAGUAUGUCCAGCUUGUUACUGAAUUAAGAAUGACGCGUGCCAUUCAGCCUCAGAUAAAUGCAUUUUUGCAAGGCUUUCAUCUGUUCAUUCCACCCUCUCUCAUUCAGCUUUUUGAUGAAUAUGAGCUGGAGCUACUGCUCUCUGGGAUGCCAGAAAUUGACGUGGCUGACUGGAAACGGAAUACAGAGUACACGAGUGGCUAUGAAAAAGAUGACCCAGUGAUACAGUGGUUCUGGGAGGUUGUAGAAGCACUCACCCAAGAAGAAUGUGUUUUAUUAUUACAGUUUGUCACUGGCAGCUCCAGAGUCCCUCAUGGUGGCUUUGCAUAUCUCAUGGGUGGCAGUGGGUUGCAGAAGUUCACAGUAGCUGCAGUACCAUACACUUCAAACCUCUUACCAACAUCCAGUACUUGCAUCAACAUGUUAAAAUUGCCAGAAUACCCCAGCAAAGAGAACCUGAAGGAUCGAAUUCUUGUUGCAUUGCACUGUGGCAGCUAUGGGUACACCAUGGCAUAAAUAUGUCUGAAAACUUGAAAGUGGCACCUGAAAAGACCUUCACUCCUUAAUACUGUUUAAUAAUGCUUCUGAUUUUUAAGUGCUCUCUCCAGAUUCAUAUGCACAUUUGUGUUGUAGCACAUCUGUAUAAGCAUGGCAUGCAUUGCCUAUGUCAAGCAUUUGCAUUUAAAAUCAUUAUGUUUUCAUGUAACUAAUCACGUACUUGUGAUAAAGUAUAGGAAUUUGCAAACUGCUGCACGAUGUGAAAACAUGUGAUAUUCUGAAAUGGAAAAUGCCAUGUAUGCGGGUGUACUCUCUGUACGUUUGAAUCGAUAGCUGGGGUGUAUAAGUUCUAUUGCCAAGCUUCAUAUAUUUAUGGUGAGGGGAGGGAAAGAGGAGAAACCAGUUGUUCUCCAAUGCCAAGAUCUCAUAAUUUUUUUGUAACAUGGGGAACAUUUUAUAUUUUUUGUGAAGAUGUAAAUGUUUAGUUUAUUACUCACUUAAUAAUUUAACAUCACUGAAAUGGAGGACAUUCAGUAGAAAGGGCAGAAUAUAUUGUAUUGCCUGCCCUAACAGCCAAAUUAUUUUGCAGAAUUUCUGCAAUGCAAUAUUAGCUAGUUUAAAAAGAUUAAUGUUUCAUAUGAAGGUAUUUGUAUAUUGUGAAAAUUAUGCACUGUAUAUAUUGCUUGAAGUCCUGUAUAUUUGUAUUUGUAGAGUAUGAUGCAGCUGCUUAUGUAUCUCUGUUGUGCAUGUCUUUUUAAAAAAAAAACUAUUAAAUUUUUUAGAAUUAA